AUGCCAAAUUUAAUUGAUCUCAACAAGUUAAAAGAACUAAGGAAAACUAACCCAAAGAAGGCUAAAAACUUUAGAAAAAAAUUAAAAAAAAAAGUUGCAAAGGAGAAAAAAAAAGAAGAAAAGUUUGAUAAGUUAAAUAAUUUAAGUGAAAAUAAAAAGUUAUUAAGUAAUUUAAAUAAUGAAAACUAUAUAGAAUAUGUAGAAGAAGAAAUAGAUGAAGAGCUUUUUAAAAAUUUUGAAGAUGUAUAUAAAAAAUUUAAAGUUAAUAAGGAAGUUAAUACAGAGAAAGAAAAUGAUGUAGAUGAUGAAAAAAAUGUAAUUCUUGAUGAUACAUAUUCAGAUGAAGAUGAUGAAGAAGAAGGAACUAAAAUAAAUAAAGAAAAUAUUUCUAAAAAAGCUUUAAAAUUAUUAAAUAGACCAUCAGUAAUGAAAUUAAAAGAAUUUGCUAAAAAACCUGAACUCGUAGAAGUAUGGGAUACCACAGCAAAUGAUCCCUUUUUUUUUGUUUGGUUAAAAUGUCUAAAAAAUUCCGUUCCAGUUCCUCAGCACUGGUGUCAAAAAAGAAAAUAUAUGCAUGGAAAAAGAGGAAUUGAAAAAAUUCCUUAUAGAUUACCACCAUAUAUAGAAGAUACGAAAAUAAGUGAAAUAAGACAAUCCAUAAAAGAAAAAGAAGAACAGAAAUCUUUAAAACAAAAAAUGCGUGAUCGUGUAAGACCAAAAUUACAUACUAUGGAUAUAGAUUAUCAAACAUUGCAUGAUGCUUUUUUUAAAUAUGCAACAAAACCGAAAUUAGUAAAAUUUGCAGAUAUUUAUUAUGAAGGGAAAGAAUUUGAAUUAAAAACAAAAAAAUUUCGUCCAGGCAUAAUUUCUGAAAAAUUAAGAAAAGCUUUAAAUAUAGAACCUAAUGAACCAUUACCAUGGUUAUAUAAUAUGCAAAAAUAUGGUUUACCCCCUUCUUUUCCUUAUUUAAAUAUUCCUGGUUUGAAUUGCUUACCUCAUGAAAAUUCAAGUGGCAAUAAAUUACAAUCAGAGGAUAGUAAUAAAUUGCGAAAUGAGAAAUUUGAUGAAUCAGAAGGUAUUGUAUAUGGAAACUUUUUAUCCAGUAAUAUGAAUAACAGCAACAAUAGAUAUGCUGAUGAUUUUUUAUGGGGUGAAAUUGAUGAAAAAUAUGAAGAUUCGGAAGAGGAAGAAGACAAAGAAGAGAAAGGAGAAGAAAAUGAAGAAACAAAGAAAUCUGAAGAUAUAAAUGAAAAAGAAAAAAAUGAAAAUAUGGACUCAGAAAACAUAAAUAUAGAUUUAAAUGAGAAUCAAAAUGAAGAUUUAUUAAAAAAUAAUUAUUCUAGUGGAAUUUAUAGUGUUGUUACUAAUUCAAAAUUAAAUGGGGUAUAUACUCCAUAUAUGGAGAGUGGUUUAGCAUCAGUUGAUUUAACUUCAUUUAUUUCUGGUUAUGAAACACCUAAAUAUGUGUACAAUAAUAAUUAUAUGAAUACACAAAAUAUGAAACCGUAUACAAUUUUACAAAAAGAAGAAAUUCCAAUUUCCCAAAAUAAUUUGUUUUCUUCAAAUAUUAAAUAUAAAAUAAAUCCAUCUGUACCUAAUAUAAAUAAUAAACUGUCGAAUGUAUCAGAAGGUAUUCUGACUCCUUAUACGACUAGUGGAAUAAAUACUCCAUUUAUACAAAAUGAACUAUCGAAAAGUUCUUAUGAUAAUCCUAAUAAUUCAAAUGUAGAAGAUAUAAAAAAAGAACUAAAUAAAUUUGAGGAAAUAUCAAAUAAAGUAAAACUUGUGUCUGCACAAGUAGACAAUUCAAAAAAAACCAAAAAGGAUGAAAAGAAGAAAAAGAAAAAAAAAUACUUCAAAUUUUAA